AUGGGUAACUGCUUCGGGGGAUCCCAUUCGAAGCCAGUUUCCAACACUGCCGGUGAUGCCUCGCCCUCUCACAGACUAGCAGAAAAUGGUGCACUUGUUACUACAACAGCAGGCACAGCUGUAGCCUCAAACACAAACAAUUCACAGGGCAGUGCUUCACCUUUGAACCAGUCACCCCAGCACAGGGUUGAUGCACACAGUGAAGUUGCGUCAACUGGACCUUUAAAAGUUUUUGUUGCAUUGUAUGAUUAUGAUGCGAGGACUGAUGAAGAUCUUUCAUUUCGCAAAGGAGAGCACUUGGAGAUACUAAAUGAUACCCAAGGUGACUGGUGGUAUGCGAAAUCAAAAACAACCAAGAAGGAAGGAUACAUCCCGUCUAAUUAUGUUGCAAAGCUAAAAAGCUUAGAGUCUGAAGCAUGGUACUUUGGAAAGAUUAAAAGAGUUGAAGCUGAAAAGAAACUCUUGUCUCCUGAAAAUGAGCAUGGUGCUUUUUUGAUACGAGACAGUGAAAGUCGACGCAAUGACUAUUCUCUCUCAGUCCGUGAUGGAGACACAGUCAAACAUUACAGAAUUCGUCAGCUAGAUGAAGGAGGUUUUUUCAUCGCCAGAAGAAUUACAUUCCAGACUUUAGCCGACCUCGCAGAGCACUAUAGUGCUGAUUCAGAUGGCUUGUGCGUCAACCUCAGAAAACCCUGUUCUCAGGUGGAGAAACCACAAACUGUGGGUCUGUCGUACAACACAAAAGAUCAGUGGGAGAUCCCCAAAAGUUCACUCAAGCUCAUUCGCAAAAUUGGUCAUGGGCAGUUUGGAGAAGUUUGGGAGGGUCUUUGGAACAACACCACACCAGUGGCUAUCAAGACUCUCAAACCAGGUACUAUGGAUCCCAAAGAUUUCUUAGCAGAGGCUCAGAUUAUGAAGAAGUUGCGUCAUCCCAAACUCAUUCAGCUGUAUGCUGUCUGCACGCAAGAUGAACCCAUUUACAUCAUCACAGAACUCAUGAAGAAUGGCAGCUUGCUGGAGUUUUUGCAAGGAAAAGGUCGUGUAUUGAAGUUGCCUCAAUUGAUAGAUGUAGGAGCCAAUAUAGCCUGCGGCAUGGCCUACUUGGAGUCGCAGAACUACAUCCACAGAGAUUUGGCUGCCCGCAAUAUCUUGGUUGGGGACAACAACAAUGUGAAGAUUGCAGACUUUGGUCUUGCCAGAGUGAUUAAGGAGGACGAGUAUGAGGCUCGGGUUGGUGCACGAUUCCCCAUCAAGUGGACAGCCCCAGAGGCUGCCAACUUCAACAGAUUCACAAUCAAGUCGGACGUCUGGUCCUUUGGAAUUUUACUCACUGAGAUUGUAACAUAUGGCAGAGUACCUUAUCCAGGAAUGACCAACGCAGAAGUGCUGCACCAGGUUGAGCAUGGCUACCGCAUGCCGUGCCCCCAGGGAUGCCCCAAGGCCCUGUAUGACAUCAUGCUGGACUGUUGGCGCAAGGAAGAGAUUGAGAGGCCCACCUUCGAGACACUGCAGUGGAAGCUAGAGGAGUUCUUCUCCAUGGACCCCAAGGAGUACAGAGAGGCCUCUUUCAUACGAUAA